AUGUCUGCCACUAUCAAACCUAGAGUUCUUCUAACGAAUGAUGAUGGCCCACCCAAUACCACAGAGUCACCCUAUAUCAUGGGUCUAUACCGUCACCUAACAGAACAUCUUGGUUGGGAUGUAAAGGUUGUCCUUCCCAGUUCGCAAAAAUCCUGGAUUGGCAAAGCAUAUCAUAUCAAAGAAGUGACCAGAGGAAAUUAUUUUUACCCUAGGAAGGAUGGAUCUGGUGAAAUUACUGCUAAAUCAAGACCUCUGCAAGACAGCGAAGUGGCGGAAUGGGUUCUUCUAGAUGGUACACCUGCUACCUGUGCAAAUGUUGCCUUACACAAUUUAUUCAAGGAUCAGAUUGACCUCGUGAUUUCAGGCCCCAAUCUAGGUCGCAAUACUUCUUCCGCCUUCGCUUUAUCCUCAGGAACAAUUGGAGCUGCGAUGUCAUCUUCAUUGUCAAAAAAACGUGCAAUCGCCCUUUCCUACGGAACUGUUGUUCAUCCGACUCCCACUACGUACUUUGAACCUGCUCAUGACCUUGGAUGUCGGAUUAUCAAAUAUCUUUGGCACAACUGGGGAGCGGACGAUUGCGGCUUGCGGCAAGGCGAAGUGGAUCUGUACAGCGUCAAUAUCCCCUUGGUCGAAGAAAUUCUCUCGUCCGAUGGCUUGAAGAUUUGCUGGACACGAAUGUGGCGUAACUCUUAUGGACGGUUGUUCAAAAACGUUUCUCCAACCGGAGUCGAAACCGUGGACCGCUUAGUUCAAACACCUGGACCAGAUACAAACACUAAUACUGAAACACAGGCUUCGUUGCCAAACACAAAGAACGAAAUUGGUGACUUGUUGUUCAAGUGGGCACCUGAAAUGAGGGGGCUUAUUACUCCUUCGCUUGACACCCUUCCUGUUGGUUCUGAUGGUUGGGCGUUGCACCAAGGAUGGGUAAGUGUAACUCCUUUAAGGGCAAGUUUCGGGGAGCCUCAGUACCACGAAAGUGACCCUGAAAAUUUGGUGUGGAAAAUGAAAUUAUAA